UAUCUUUAGGAUAUCAGACCAGGCGGCAGAAUCGUGGAUCAUAUGUUUUCACUGUUCAUUUAUAGAAGCGGGUGCACUUGAGAAAGAUGAAUGACUUUGCUGUUCUCAGCACAGGGCGAAAGAUGCCCCUGGUGGGACUGGGUACCUGGAAAAGUGAACCUGGAAAGGUGAAACAGGCGGUGAUCUGGGCCCUGCAGGCUGGUUACCGUCAUAUCGACUGUGCCCCCAUUUACGGCAAUGAGACAGAGGUUGGAGAGGCUCUGAAAGAGAUGUUAGGGCCUGACAAAUCCUUAAGGCGUGAGGAUGUGUUUGUCACUUCAAAACUGUGGAACACACGACACCACCCUGAUGAUGUGGAGCCGUCCCUGCUGAAGACCCUGAAGGACCUGUCUCUGGAGUACCUGGACCUGUAUCUCAUCCACUGGCCCCAUGCCUUCCAGCGAGGGGACUCUCCGUUCCCAAAGAAAGAGGACGGGACGAUCCUGUAUGAUUACACAGACUAUAAGGAGACGUGGGUUGCCAUGGAGAAGCUGGUGGGGAAGGGGCUGGUGAGGGCCAUUGGUCUGUCGAACUUUAACAGCAGACAGAUCGAUGACAUCCUGUCCAUUGCCAGCAUCAAACCCACUGUGCUACAGGUGGAGUGCCAUCCGUACCUGGCGCAGGUGGAGCUGUUGGCUCAUUGCCGUGACCGGGGCUUGGUUAUGACUGCAUACAGCCCACUGGGCUCACCAGACCGGGCCUGGAAACACCCGGACGAGCCGGUUCUUCUGGAGGAACCAGCCAUUACUGCUCUGGCCAAGAAAUACAACAAGUCCCCUGCACAAAUUAUCAUCCGGUGGCAAACUCAACGAGGUGUGGUGACUAUACCAAAGAGUGUUACAGAAUCUCGCAUCAAAGAGAAUAUCCAGGUGUUUGACUUUACUCUAGAGCCGGAGGAGAUCAGUGCUGUGACUGCCCUGAACAGAGGUUGGCGGUACAUUGUCCCCACCAUCACUGUUGAAGGGAAACCGGUGCCAAGGGAUGCGGGACAUCCUCACUACCCAUUUAAUGAUCCUUAUUAACAGAUCCUGCUGCAGUCUAUGUGCCUUUGGACCUUCUCACUACACCCCUCACUGUACUGUACACAAUAAACCUUUUUAUUACACAC